CUGGUCGCAGUAGCCGCGCGAGUACUCGCUCUCCAAUAAGAUGUUAGUUAGUGGCGUGUUAUCCAAUAAGAACUUGGUUCGCGGCUCCACAGGAACAACCAAUAACAGGGCUGUUUCCGUGUGUCUAACCCAUUUGACUAAUUGAAAAACAUUCAAUCUUCGUCGUACUUCGUACAGAGACACAUUGCUCUCCACGAACCUCUGACAAGCAAUACCAUUGUUUAUUGGACUACUAAGGUACGGCUUUGAAGCUCGAUCAUGAAACUGUUCGCCCUUUGCCUCGCAUUUUUUGCGCUUCUAGCUGUUGCCGUGGGUGAUGCUUCCUGGCUGGAAAAUGACGAAAAUAUAGUGGCAUGCCAUCGAGAACUGGGCAAGCGGCAGGAGUUAAAAGACCUUGAUCAUAGUCUAAGUGAGAGUAGCGAGGACGUCCGACACUUUGUCUGUUGUGUUGCAAGGGCCUUCGUCAGCUGCUUGAAAGGAAGAAUCGCGGAUACCGAGUUGCUCGAGGACACAGUCGAGGAUCUUCUUGACGAAAUUACGCGUGACACUGGUACCGACGUGACCCAGGUCUGUGACGUAUACGAGUGUCCUAUCUAACACUGUGGGAUGUGGCAUAUAGCCAGUUCCCCCCAGGAACUUCGACCAGGCCAGCGAGCGCACUGUUGCCAAUCAUUUAUCUCAUCUUGCUCUUCAUAAUCUCUUUCUUACGCGAACUAGAAUAGAUCAAUAAAAGUCGUUGACGAUA